AUUUUUUUAAACACAAAAAACCUUCAAAAAAUUACCCAAAAAGUGAUUUAAAGAAAUCAGAAUAAGAAAUACUUUAAGAGCCAAAAAGAGCCCAGCAAAGAAGCUCUUCAUUAUGUGUGUGAGUGUUUGGUUGUGUGUGUUGGCGUGACAUUAGAGCCAUAAUAACUACAACAACAACAAUUAUUAAAGAAAAAAAACAAAAACCUCCAAGCUUGAGGAAAAACUAAAAACCUGCGAGAACGCAAACAGGUGCGAAAAAUACACCUUUUUCUUGAAGAAGUUGCACAAGAACUUAGUGGCUGAAGGGUUGCGGCAACUUCCCUUUUUGGGCUUCUUCUUUUUCUUCCACGUCUUCUUCUUCUCGUGUGCGGAAGUUGCAGAAAACUGACAUAAAAAACAACAACAAAAAAACAAACAAACAACAACCAUGUGCUAAGCCCAAAAAAAAAAUUAAGGAAAACGUAAACAAAAAUUUUUUUUUUGGUUUUCAAUAUGGAUACGGUGGCUAUAAAAACAGUGGCACUGCCACAUGCCCCACUAGCCCAGCAGCAACAACAACAACAACAGCAGCAGCAACAGCAACAAAAAUUACAACAAACAAAUGCAACCAUCAAUGCCAAAAACAAUAUUGGGGCAUUUUUUCAGACUUGCAAGGUCUUAUGGCACCUGGACGCCUUUAGACGCUCAUUCCGUGGCCUCAACCAGCACGUAUGUGGCGGCCAAGACUGUAUCUUUUGCGCUCUAAAGGAACUCUUCCAGCAGCUGCAAACCUCUUCAGAACCAGCCCUCUGCCCGGAGCCACUGCGUCGUGCUUUGGCCAGUGGUCCUCUGGCCGGACGAAGGUUUCCCCUGGGCUGUCUGGGUGAUGCCGCCGAGUGCUUCGAGUUGCUGCUGCAUCGCGUCCACUCGCACAUCUCCCAGGAUGAUGGCGACUCCUGCGAGUCCGCCGCUUGCAUUGCCCAUCGACGGUUCGCCAUGCGGGUGAUUGAGCAGAGUGUCUGCAAGUGUGGAGCCAAUUCUGAGCAGUUGCCUUUCACGCAGAUGGUACACUAUGUCUCGGCCUCGGCCCUGACCUCCCAGAAGAGUCUGGCUCUCCAGAACCACCAGCAACUGAGCUUCGGACAGCUCCUGAGGGCGGCCGGCAAUAUGGGAGAUAUCCGUGAUUGUCCAAACACCUGUGGCGCCAAGAUCGGCAUCUGCCGGGCUCUGCUCAAUCGACCGGACGUGGUCUCCAUUGGCAUCGUUUGGGACUCGGAGAGACCAGCCGCCGAUCAGGUCCAUGCCGUCCUGAAGGCCGUGGGCACCAGCCUGCGGCUUGGGGAUGUCUUCCAUCAGGUCAGCGAACAGAGAUGGGCCCAGCAGACCCAGCACGAGCUGGUGGGAAUCGUGUCCUACUAUGGCAAGCACUACACCACCUUCUUCUUCCACACCAAGCUGAAGGUGUGGGUCUACUUCGACGAUGCCAACGUCAAGGAGGUGGGUCCCAGCUGGGAGGGAGUGGUUGACAAGUGCAGUCGCGGAAGGUAUCAGCCCUUGUUGCUGCUCUACGCAGUGCCCCAGCAGCCCUCGAUGAGCUCCACGCUGGAGGUGUCCAAUCCGGUGACCAGGCGAGCAGUGACUCCGAGCCCGGAGAAGCCCUGCUUGGGCAACACCCGGAGGGCCAUCACCCCUACGCCGUUGAGGUCUCCGGUGAACGAUUACCAGAACCUGAGCGUCAUCCAGAAGAACAUCUUCCCGGGGGGAGAUGAAACCGAUGCCUACAUCAGCCGCAAGACUGUGGAGCACGUCCUGAGUGCCCAGUACCAGAACCUGAGCGUCAUCCAGGACAAGAUCCAGGGACAGGGCCCGGCUGUCACCCAGAACGGCGACAAGGACGGCGGCUUUCUCAACCGAAAGCCCAUCGAGGCGGUGCUGAGCGCCCAGCUGGCCAGGAGGCAGCACCUCCAGCUCCAGAGGAGCCACAGCGCCGAGUCCAGCUCGGGCCACGGCUCCAGCUCCAAUGGCAGCUCCCCGCCCAGCGAUGGACUCACCAUGCCGGAGCAUCUCAACCAGCCGCGUCGCAGGGAUUCGGGCAACUGGUCCGGUGACAGGAACAGUGCCAGCUCCGCCAGUUCCACCACCCUGGACAACCCCUAUCUGUACAUGGUGGCCAAGAGGGGCGUCGUGGGGGCAGUACCCCAGAGCCCAACCCGCCAUGGACUGCCCUACGACCCGGGCUAUGAUUCCUUCUCGCUGAGCUCCACGGACUCGUAUCCGCCGAAGCACGCCCUGAACCCCCAGCUGGCCAAGAUCCCCGAGGCGGCCAACGGCGGCGGCGGAAUGAGCCACGGAGGCAUGACCCUGUCCGGGGACUGUGAGAAGCUCUGCCAUGAGGCGGACCAGCUGCUGGAGAAGUCCCGGCUGGUGGAGGAGUCGCACGACCUGGAGACCGCCUUGGUACUCUGCAACGCGGCUGCCGGAAGGGCAAGGGCGGCCAUGGACGCUCCCUACAGCAACCCACACACCAUGACCUUUGCCCGGAUGAAGCACAACACGUGCGUGAUGCGGGCCAGGAGUCUCCACAGGCGCAUCCUGGUGGAGAAGGGCGCCGAAACGGAGGCCAUGCCGGAGCUGAAGCAUAUGCGGGAGGGCAGCACCUCCAGCGUCGUGAAGCACGUCCGCCAGAACAGCAAGGAUCGCACCCUGGAGAAGGAGCAACUGUUCCAGCAGCAGCAACAACAGCAGCAGCAAUCCAUCCCGGCCAGCAUUGAGAUCUAUGCCACGCUGCCCAAGCGGAAGAGUCCACUGAAGGCUCUGGCCACCGCCUCGGCGGUGUGCGACGACAAUGCCAUCGAGUACGAGCAGGAGAAGCCGAUGGCCGCCAAGCCGGAGCGGGAGAGCCGCUCUCUCUUCGGCCGCAAGGACAAGGACAAGGAGAAGGAGAAGCGCAGCCGGAGCGAGGAUCGCAACAAGCUCACCCGGGAGUUCUCACUCACCGAGACGCUCCUGGUGAACGCCAAGGACACGCUGAAGAAGCACAAGGAGGACAAGGACGAGAAGAAGGAGAAGGACAAGAGCGGCAAGAAGCAGCACAAGAUUAGGCGCAAGCUCCUGAUGGGUGGACUCAUCCGGCGCAAGAACCGCUCCAUGCCGGACCUCACCGAGGCGGUGGAUGAUGUCGCCAACAGCAACAUGUCGAUGAACCACCACCACGCCCACCACUACCCCAACCAGACGCCGGCCAGUCUCCUGGGCAGCUCCGUGGACGACAGCGCCGUGGGCCUGGGCAAGCACGGAGUCAGCAUGAGUGGCUACAUCUCCGAGGGACACUUCGACUGCUCCACCUCCGCGGGCAGCUCCGGCGCCAGCGGCAGUAACCCCAAUCCCAACCUGGAACGGAGCAAGCUGAUGCGGAAAAGCUUCCACGGCAGCGGCAGGCAACUGACCAUGGUGCCCAAGGUGGCGCCUCCGCCGCCCAUGAGAACCAGCUCCACCCUGACGCCCCAGCAGCAGCAGCAGCAGCAGUUCCACCACGAGGCCAACCUCUCGAAUCUGUCGGCGAUGAGCUCCAACACCUCCAUCAGCGAGGACUCCUGCCAAACCAUCAUCACCACCUGUGCCCAGGUCCACUCCGAGCAGAGUCCCCUGAAGGACAUGCAGAUGCUGGGCGCUGGUGAGGAGUUGCCCCUGCCCCUGCCGCCCAUGGAACUGCCACCGUAUCCAAGUCCUCCCCACUCCGUCUGCCAUUCCCGGCAGGCUAGCGAAGACUUCCCGCCGCCACCACCCCCAGAACUCGAUCUGGAGCCGCUCAACCAGCAACUGAGCCAGCUCCAAGCCCUGGAGGCGGCCAGCAAGCAGCAGCGCCAGCAACUGGACUCCCUGGAGGGCACCACCAGCAUCCUGGCGCAGCUGCAGCAGCGGCAGCACCUCCUCAAGAUGCGCAAGGACAGCGCCCAGGCGCCGCAGGACCCCAACUGGCUGAAGCAGGCCAACGACCUGCGGGCCAUGCAGCGGAAACUAGAGGCCUCCUCGCCCAGCAGCGUCCGGGAUCUGGCCAACCGCUUCGAGCAGACCUCCAUUCGGUCCUACGCCUCCCAGGAGCUGCUCUCCCAGCCGACUCCAAGCGUUCAGCAGGUCGGCCCGCAACUGCGCACCCAAAUGAACGGCCUGCCCAGCUCCAAGCUGGACGUGGACGAGGUGGACUGCAUGCCGGCCAGUAGGACGGCCACCCUGCCCCAUCACCAGCUCCUGCCCAAGCCCAAGUACGAGAUGAGCCAGUCCCAGAUUGCCGAGGAGAUCCGCGAGGUGGAGCUGCUGAACACCAUGGUCCAGCAGACGCUUAACCAGAACCAGGGCCCCAAUCCUGGACAGAAGCGGGUGAAGAAGAAGAGUGUCUCCUUCUGUGAUCAGGUGAUCCUGGUGGCCACGGCCGGCAAUGAAGAGGACGAUGACUUCAUUCCCAAUCCCAUCCUGGAGCGAGUCCUGCGAACAGCCCAGCAUCCGAACGAGAAGGUGACGGCCCAGAUGAUCCAGCAGCAGCAGCAGAAUAUGCUGAGGUUGCAGACGGAGGCGCAGCCAAGACAGCAGCAACAGGUACAGCAGCAGCAGCAGCACUUGCAACAGCAGCAGAUGCAGCAGCAACAGUUGCAACAACAGCAACUGCAACAGCAGCAACAGCAACUCCAACAGCAACAGCAGCAACCUUCUCCCAUGCUGGGCCGACCUGCUGCAGUUGCCACCGAUAUGCAACGUUAUGUGCAACGCAUGCAACAGCAACAGCAACAACAGCAGCAGCAACAGAAUCGCACUAGUAUGAGCGGCAUUGCCACGCAACAGCACUUGCCACAAAUGGAUGCGCAGUACACAAGCAUGCCACGGCCGUUGCAUCAUCAGCAAAUGAUGCUGAACCAGAGCUACUCGGUGCAACUCCAGAAGCAUCAGCAACAGAUGCAACAGCAACAACAGCAGCAGCAGCAACAGCAACAGCCGCAGUUGCAACAACAGCAGCAACUCAAUAUGAGUUACUUUAGCAAUGGGACUGUGGGCGUGGCAGAACAAAUGCCACUCCCUUCGCCUUAUCAACGUGUGCCCAUGCCACAUGGCUACCAAGGACAAGGUUACUACCCACAGCAACAGUCGCAGCAACAACAGCAGCAGCAACAGAUGCAACAACAGCAGAUGCAACAACAGCAGCAACAAAUGAAGAAGAAAGUCAGUUUCGAGCCAGGAACUAAGGGAGAAGCUGACUGCCUGCCACCGCCACCGCCGCCGCCCCAGAAGAAUGGCCUGCCAGAGGCAGGAGUACCUGGAGGACCAAAUGCUGUUACUCCCGGACUCCCUAGUGGCGCCACCACAGCCAUACCCACCCGCGUCUACAACAAUGCAAUCGUCAAGGCCUCGGCCAAGGCGGUGGAGUGCAAUCUGUGCCGCAAGAGGCAUGUGAUUGCGCCGGCAGUUUAUUGCACCAACUGCGAAUACUACCUACAGAUGCUGAAUCAGCGUCGGUGAUCCUGAAUUCCAUGAUCCUUUUUUUUUUUGCCCCCAAAACCAAUCCAAAUCUCUAGUGCAACAUUUCUAGCCGUACAAGGAAACCGAUAAUCUCAUGCAAGCCAUGCUGCCACAUCGCCACAUAAGGACCUAGCUGAAGGAUGUAAAUACAACGAAGACGAGAAGGAUGAGGAGGACUCUGUGCCAGGAUAAAGGACACCAAAAGGCCAAAGGAUCACGAGUAGAAUGAGGAGACAAACUAACACACGUCCUUCUAUGGUUCGACAUGAGAAGCCACCGCUGUGCCAACACUAACACCAUCAUCCCAUCAAUCACUCAAUCACUUUCGAGAAUCAAUCAUCAAGGACAUCAACCAUUCGAUUGGACAUGAACAAUGCAUUCCCUUUACCGCCUUUAGCCUGGCCAAUGCUCUUCCUCAAAAAUCUUAAUUUUUAUAAAUUUUUUUUAUUAUGUAUUUUUUUUAAACAUUAUCUUAAUUUUAAUUAAAAAGUCGAUUUUUUUUGUGAGCCAGAAGUUCGAAACUCAGUCGCUGAGCUUCCUAUUUUUUUUUUGUGAGUUGUUGUCCAACGACACUUGCUUUCCAUAAAUCCACUUAAUUUUUUUUUUAAAUUAAUUUUAUAUUUUUAUGAUCUAGCAUUUAUUUUAAAAUCUUUUUUUUUUACAAUUUUUGUACUUAAUUAGUUGUAAGCCAUUCGAGUGUACUUUAUUGUGUCUUAUGCAUUUAAAACAAUUCCGUGUAUUUAUAGUGUUUAU